AUGUCGUGCGGUGAAACUUGUUACGAACGAAAUGACUCGAUCGAGGAGCAGUUUAUGUGGCUCCUUAGAUUUGCCAGCUUCAAGAAAAUCAAGGAGUUCUUCUCGAAGAAUCGAUCAUCGAUCGAUCUGCAUUACCCUACGCAGAAUCUACGGACGCCGUUGACAACGGUCAUAGAUCGCGAUGAUCCGCGAAUUUUGUCCGUUUUAUUGGAGAGAAAUUCCACGAGUUUGGAUGAAACGACCACGCAACCGUACGGGAGAACCGCUUUGAUGUACGCCUCUUACGUCUCGAGAGAGCCGAAGAUGUUGGAAGUGCUUUUGGAAAACGGCGCGGACAUUGGAAAAAGGGACACUAGAGGCUGGACCUGUCUCCAAUACGCCGUCGUGGGAGAACGUUUGAAAAACGUGAUCGUCCUAUUGGACUCGGGAACUUCCGUGAAUCAGCAAGAUUUUCAGGGACGAACACCGCUCAUGAUAUCCGUGUAUCUUUCAAAUUUGGACAUUUUACUGUUUCUGUUGGACCGUGGUGCCGAAAUCGAAGUACGGGACAAUGCAGGUCUCACUACUCUUCAAGUAGCGAUCUUGUCAAGGAAAAGGGACGCGAGUUGCAUUUUAAUCGAACGAGGAGCCGACACGAGCGUCGUCACACCAACCACCAAAGCCUCGAUCGGUCAGCUGUGCAGAACAAGCAUGCCAGGAGUUCUUCGAUCCAUCGAACCGCAGCCAAGGACGACCAAUACA